AUGCAUCUGUUUACUUCAUUGUUCGCAACAUUUCAAAAAUGGCUCAAUGAUAUUGAAAUUGAAGGAAGAAAUUCAGAUGAACGUAAAGCAGUUGUCGAUGUACUCGGUGCAUGUUUAACAUUUGAUUGGCAUCCCAGUAAUAAUGUCAAUCGAUUUCAUGAAAAACUCGUAAUUCUGAUUACUGAUGGUACUCCUUGUGAUCUUCUUAAUGGUAAAUGUCCCAGUCGUGGUGACGAUCUUUGGAAAAUGUCUGAUCCAUUUGAAAAACAAGAUAUUAUAUUAGUUGUUGUUGGUAUUGAACCAGGUGUUGUUGUUUGUACUGAUUUUUAUUGUGCAUUAGCUCAUAAAACAGGUGGUGAAUAUCUUCCAAUGGUCAAUGCUACACGUGUUCUUACUUCUGUUAUUUUACGAGUUAUGUUAAAAGAAGACACACUGUCACAAUUAUUUCGUCAUCUUAACAUCCAAUCUGAUCUUGAAUAUAAUUCUUUAUAUCGUUAUUCGCCUGUUCAACCAGGAGUACGUUAUAUGAUCGAACAUUGUCAAACAAUGUUCGAUAUUCGAAAACGUGUGUUUACCUAUCAUGGUCAACCAAAUGUAUCUGACAAUGAUAGCAAGAAUAUCGAUGAUGAUAUGCAAUCUGAUACUCAAUCAGAUGAAAAGAUUAGUAUUACAAAAGAAUGGGAAUGGUGCUUCAAGGAAUUUAUAAAACCCAAAUAA